AUAGUUCAGAGAUAAAAGAGAAAAUUCAAAAAAAAACACAAUUAUUUUAGCUUCAGAUCACCAGCACUUUUGAAGUUAUGGUUUUUCAUUUGGUGGCUCCCAAAAUUGUGGUUAUGUGAAUUUAGAUUUACAAUGUUUGGAUUUUUCUUUAGAGGUGCAAUUUGGUUUUCGGAUAUGACUGCAUUUUUUUUUCCGUUGGGCCGGACUUUUACCAUUUCUGGCCCGCCUCGCUUCCUUCGCUCUAGUUCCUUCUCUUUUCCUCUAAACAAAAGUUCCCUCUUCAGCUCUUCUCUUCGACUCCGUUUCGAAUUUUUGCUUUGGAAUUCCGUGGAAUUUCCUCCAGUUCCCCACUUCAGUGCGGCUGCGGCCUGCGAGGCGAUCUGCCCUAUGGAGCCGGAGCCGGAGCCGCGGCGGUGGGCGGCGACGUACACGACGCAGCUGAAGCAGAAACGCAAGGCCUACCACGACGGCACCCUCAUCCUCCACCCCGACACCGGCCGCCUCGUCCUCCUCGAUGACGCUGGCACGGCCAUCGACGCCAGGUUCCUCCGCGCCGGCGAGUCCGUCUCCGGCGGUGCGUCCCUGUCAUUCCCAUGCCACCUCGUCGACGUCGGCGAACCCCAGCGCUGCCCCACCACUGGCUACUCCGGAGGUUCCUCCGCGCCUGCCGCUUCUAAAACCGCCUACCGCGGAGGGGGCAAGGCGCGUCAGAGCGCGGCGAACACGUGCGCUCCCCGCGCAUUCGUGAAUCCACCGAAGAAUGACGGCGGCAAGGCUGAAGCCGUGGGUUCUGGCUGUGCAAAGGCCGCGGGUUCGACGCUCCAAGAGUGGAGCGCGAUGUACACCACCCAACUGACUCAGAAGGCUAAGAAGUAUCACGAUGGCUUCUUGAGGCUCGAACAAGUUAAUUCGCUUACAAAGCGGAUUGUUUUACUGGAUGAAGAGGGUGAAGUACUGGGCAGCAGGUACCUCAAGUCAGGGGAGUGUGUGGAAAGUGGGAAGAAAUGCAAUUUCCCUAACUAUCUGAUUGAGAUUGGCGAGGCCAAAACUCUAAUGAAAGGUGGAGAACCUAAAUCUUCGGAUGAACCUAUGGUGACAAGAUCAAAGAAUGGGGAGAAUACGAGUAAAAAAAUGGGAAUCGGUGCGACAAGUUCCCUGAAAUUCAUCAGUCCACAAAAGUUCCAUUAUCUUGACAAGAGUAAAUCAGAGGUCACUUCUAGUUUUAACAAGCCGGAGCUUGGAAAUAUUGAAGUUGCAGCUGCUGGCAGCACUGGGAGCCUUAUGGGUUCAACAGAAUCAAGUAUUAAAGAAUGGAGUGUCAUAUACACCACCCAACUAACUCAAAAAGCCAAGAAGUACCAUGAUGGUGUUAUAAAGCUCAUGCAAGUUGGCUCACAUGCAAACCAGAUUGUUUUGCUGGAUGAAGAGGGUGUGGUGCUUGGCAGCAGAUAUCUCAAGUCAGGUGAAUCUGUCCAAAGUGGGACAAAAUGUCCGUUUCCAAAUUAUCUUAUUGAAGUUGCUGAGCUCAUAAUUCAAAAGAACGAUGUAGAGUCUAAACACUCUUCGAGGGAGCCUUUGAGUCACACAGGACCAAAGAAUGGAGAGGAUGCAACUCAAAGGAUGGGUGACAAAAGUAAAUCUCCAAAGUUUGUUAGUCCACUUAAGUUCCAUGAUCACCAGAAGAGUAAAAUAGAAAGCACUGCUGACGGUAACAGGCCACAGUUCGGUAAAUCAACGUGUAGUAAUGUUGGUGAUCCACAUAACUUCCAUGUAUCUACAGAUCUUCAGAGAGGUAAACCAGAUGGGACUGUUAGUUACAGAAGCACAGGCCUUGGCAAACUAACUUCUAGUGACAUGGAUGAUCCACGUAUAUUUAAUGACUUUACGGGUAUCCAGAGGGCUAAAUCAGAAUCUGUGUCCUGGUACAACCGGCCACAAGUAGGCAAAUCAAUUCCUAACAGAAUGGAUGAUCCACUAGAAUUUUGUGAUCUUGAAGAUGGUAAAUCAGUAUGUCCCACUGGUUUUACCACAAGCGAGAUUGGCAAAUCAACUUUUGGUAACACGGGUGAUCCUUUGCGAACUGACCUUGAAGAUGGUAAAUCAGUAUGUCCCACUGGUUUUACCAGGAGAGAGAUUGGCAAAUCACCUUUUGGUAACACGGAUGAUCCUUUGCGAACUGCAUCCCAGAUACUCUCUAUCAUGAAGCCCCCAGCUGGAUUGUCUAACUUUGCUACCCAGUUUCGUACAUCAGUGCAAUCUUGCUUGAAGUUGGAUACUGUGCAGGCAAAGAACUCAGUGAGCACUCAUAGUAGGAAUGAAUCAUCAGGGAAUGCUCAUCCAACUUAUGAUCAUCAGACCGCCAUGAAACAAGCAGCUUUUGAUGGACCCGAAUUGGCCAUGGUAGAUAUCCCAUCAUCUGAGAUUUCCAAUGCAAACGAGCAGAAACUAAAUUCAUCAAGCAAUCUUUAUAAUGGAAACUCUAAUGGUACAGGUUCUGCGCUAAUUAUGGAUGCUACUAGCAUCCUGGGCUUGCGAGAAGAUGAAAGUGGAACUGCAGAUCAGCUCGUUGCAAAUAACACAACAGUGGACCCCAAAUGUGGCAGUGGCUCUUUUCUGCCUCCAAGCAUCCGGACACGUAGAGAUCCCAAGAUUCAGGAUUUAAUAGAUGACUGCCCUUCAUUUGAUCUUGGCUUCUAAUGGAAGGCAUGAUUUGGGGAAACUGGGACAGAAAAUGGGCCAUCUGACGGUUAAUCAGUUGAUUGGUGGGCGACAGAGCAGGCAAAAGCAGGAGUUUUGUGAAGAAAGCGAGUUUUGAUUCCACUGUAGAGUUUUACUCUGUUGUCGUUGUUUUCGUUAAGGAGUGGUUGCUCUUCCUUCUGUUUAGCACUUACAGGGGUGGCUUUUUGCAUGGAAAUGGAAAAAGAAUGAUCACUUGUAGGAGGAUAAAUUUGUAGGAAUGCAUUCGUCCAAACUUCCAUGAUAUAGAAUGCUGAAGAGGUUUGCUUUUACUGUUUGAAAGAAAAGGUGGAAUAUUUGUACAGUUUAAUUAUUAUUUUCAGAUAUGCUGCA